AUGUUGUCCGGCGUGGUUCUCUAUUAUGUACCGGAAUCGCGACCGCACGCGCGCAGAAUUUGUUACGCGUUGAUCGAUCUGACGGCGAACGGCUUGAAAUCUGCGCUGAGCACGCGCGAGAGCGGGUACAUGUACGAGAAGAUCAAGUCCAAGUAUCAGCGUGCUCGAUACGAACAACUGUUGCAGAAGAGGAUGUCGCAAGAUACCCAGGACGAGGACUCCGAUCGGGCGCAGAAGAAUUAUGGCAGACAGUCGAAAAUGUUCCUCGAGGACGACGGAGUAUUAGGGUCAAAAAAACUGAGCGGAAAACAGAACAAGGAGCACAGACAUUCUGGUCACCGUUUUCGAAAUGGCGUCAUUAAGGAUGUUCCGCCUGAACCUUGCAUGGAAGUCACCAAACCAGUCUACUUUUACUCGGAUAAAUUGGAGGACAUUGAAAAGUACCUGGAAACGAAUUCGUCUAGUGGAAAACGUGUCAACGAAUCGUCUGUUGAGAAUUACGCUCUUCUAAUCAGCGGCAGCCCGCGAGAAAUGGCGAUACUCGAUGAGAAGUACGAGAAGGACGACUUGGUGAUUGUACAAGAUCCUUAUCUAAAAGUGGAAUACAAAGAAUGCGGUACCUCGACUGAUAAAUUGUCUUCGAAAGCGGAAGCUUCUAGUUCAGAGCAAGAAGGACCUACCAGAGAUCACAGUGAUCACGUAAUGGAAUCGUAUGUUAAAGAAGUUGAAUUGAACUCGAUACCAGAGGAAAACACGUCAAGGUACUCCGUCGAUAAAUCUCUGUAUCAAACGAGCCAAUAUCAAUGUGGCGGUGGAUGCUGCGGACCAAGUGGCUGUUCCAUGUCGUCAGGUGAACCGAGCAACAAAGAAGCUGUAGACUCGACGUCUCCAGUUGAUGUAAAGAAUAUACUAAAAGCUUCUCGAAGUACGGUGUCUCCUAAAAUCCACAAAAAAGUCGAAGAAAAUGAAAAAAACUCAUACACGAGCAAUUACAGUAAUUACAGUCACAAAGGUAAAGGUUCAGCGAAGACAAUUAACUCGACCAACAGUCGCAGAGUGGAUUUUCAAGAGGAAGACACAAACGAUCGCGUGAAAAAUCCUAUGCAACGGAGUGGACAUCGGUAUGAAAGCACAUCGAGAGGCUACAGGAAGAAGUUGAGGAACGAUGAUAGUCCACGAACAGGUUUCUGUCGCAACAAUACUUCUUAUUUCACCGAUCGGGGAGGGGAAGCGGACGACGAAAAUUCUCAAACUGAACGAGCAACCACGAGACACGAUCUCGACGAGAGACCUCAAAGAGAGAAUCACUUCUAUCGAAAAAGCUCCACCGACUCGAUCUUCGAUUAUUACGACGACAUUUAUGCGGAACCCAUGUUGAAGAAUCGACUGAAACCAACCCUGUUGCGUGCAAUAAACUGGAUCUUCGGCGGUUGUCCGGAGGCGUCGAGGCGAGCUGCUUUGAAGCGCAGCGAGGUCGGAAAGGAAGAGAGCCAAGGGUUAACCGACGAGUGGCUCCUCUAG